AUGAAAGAUUUAAUGGGUGAUCAAGAUUCAGCUGAAAAUUUAAAAGCUAAAAUUAAUGCUAUAUUCGGCGGUAAUCGUGAAGAGGUCGGUAUUGAUAAAAACCAAGAGGAGAGGAAGGUAAAUCCAGUGCCGAGUGUACAGAAUAGCCUUAAGUUGAAUGGUAACCCUGUUAUCGAUGAAAAUCGUAGAUUAAACGCUAUAUUCGGUAAUAAUCUUGAACAUAAUAGAAAUGAUGAAACUAAAGAGGAAACUAAAACAAAUCCUGUACCGUUCGUAAAUGGAAAUAAUAACGGAUUCUUCAGUGCAACUCCAGUGCCGAAUGUACAAGGCAAUAGACAAUUUAUUGGUAGCCCUGUGAUCGAUGUAAAUGAAAGAGUCAAAGCUAUAUUCGGUGAUAACCCUGUACAGGUAGAAAGUGAUAAUAGCAAGGAUGAAAGUAAGGGAAAUAUUGCUCCGUUAGUAAAUGAUAAUAAUAACGGGAUUUUCAAUAAAAAUCCAAUACCGAAUGUAGAGGGCAACCAAAAUUUUAAUGGCAACCCUGUUAUCGAUGAAAAUGAAAGAUUUAAUGCUUUAUUCAACGGUACUCCUCUCCCGAUUGAUGAUGAGAGGGUUAGGCCAAGCGGUGUAAUUGAUCAAGAUUCAGCUGAAAAUUUAAAAGCUAAAAUUAAUACCAUAUUCGGUGGUAAUCGUGAAGACGUCGGUAAUGAUAAUGACAAAGAGGAGAGCAAGGGAAAUCCAGUUCUGGUUGUAGAUGGAAAUAAUAACGGGAUUUUCAAUCAAAAUCCAAUACCGAAUGUAGAGAACAAUCAAAAGUUAAACGGUAACCCUUUUUUCGACGAGAACGAAAGAUUUAAUUCGUUAUUCAAUGGCAACCCUAGUCAAAGUGGAAGUGUAAGUAGUACUGAGAAAUUGAAAGGAAAUUCUCUUCCUGUUAUUGCUGAAAAUAAUAACGGCUUUUUCAAUGAAAACUCAGUGUCGAAUAUACAGUCUAAUCAAAAUGCAAAUGGUAACCCUUUUUUCGAUGAAAAUGAAAGAUUUAAUGCUAUAUUUAAUGGCAAUCCCAUCCCGAAGCAAAACAAUAUAGGUGGACUAAAUGGUGUGAUUAGUCAAAAUCCUGCUAAUUUGGGCGGUCAAUCUGUACAGCUUGGAGAUAUAAGCAACAGUAGAGUAUGGAAAAGAAAACCUAUUCCAGGUGAUGAUGAACUGGUCCAAAAUAAUGCGGCAAUGGAUGGAAAAGGUAUACCUGAUGAAAAAGCAUUGAUAAAUGCUAUAUUAAAUGGUCAGUUAGAAGGCAGUCCUGAGCAUUUUAUAUUUAAUGAUAAGCCAUUACGGGCCAGAACUCUAAAUAGGAGAAGACACGGUACAUUCAUGGAAAACCGAAGUACAUUCAAUAAUGGACGUUUUAAUAUGAGAAAUCAUAGAAGGUCUGAAGAAAGAACACACCGAAGAAACCAGGGAGUUUACAGUGGUACCAGCAGAAAUACACGCAUUCGAUUUGCAAAUAAUUAA